AUCCGCCGCCAUCCGUCCUCCCCGCGCCCGGCCGCCGCCCGACCGCCAUCGUCCGGCCCAGUCCCGCGCGCCCCAGCAGACCAGGUAGAUCAGGAGCGGUGCCGAGAAAAAUUUCCUUACUAGAUGACAUUUCAUCGCGAUGUCCGAUCGUUUGGGGCAAAUAACCAAAGGCAAGGAUGGGAAAAGCAAGUAUUCGACUCUUAGCCUGUUUGACAAGUAUAAAGGAAGAUCUGUAGAUGCGGCCAGAUCCUCAGUUAUUCCUAGACAUGGCUUACAGAGUCUCGGGAAAGUUGCCACAGCCCGGCGCAUGCCACCGCCUGCAAACCUGCCAAGCCUGAAGUCUGAAAACAAAGGAAACGACCCCAACAUCGUGAUAGUACCCAAGGACGGGACAGGAUGGGCCAACAAGCAGGACCAGCAAGACCCAAAGAGUUCCAGUGUGACGGCCUCUCAGCCGCCGGAGUCGCAGCCGCAGCCGGGUUUGCAGAAAUCUGUCUCCAAUUUGCAGAAACCGACACAGUCAAUCAGUCAGGAGAACACAAAUUCAGUGCCAGGUGGACCAAAGUCAUGGGCACAGCUGAAUGGAAAGCCAGCAGGACACGAAGGUGGUUUAAGGGGCUCAAGCCGACUAUUAUCCUUCUCUCCCGAGGAAUUUCCGACGCUGAAAGCAGCUGGAGGGCAGGACAAGGCUGGCAAAGAAAAGGGCGCCUUAGAUCUGUCGUAUGGGCCAGGACCAAGCCUCCGCCCUCAGAAUGUGACGAGCUGGAGGGAGGGCGGUGGGCGAAACAUAAUUUCUGCCACGUCUCUGAACGCCUCCCCAACCGAGCUGGGCAGCAGGAACUCAAGUGCGGGAGAUGGAGCCCCCUCCUCGGCAUGCACCAGCGAUUCUAAGGACCCCUCUCUCCGCCCAGCUCAGCCUGUCCGAAAAGGGGCUUCACAGUUCAUGGGACAUGUUUACCACCCUCCUACAUACCAUGACAUGCUUCCUGCCUUUAUGUGCUCACCACAGUCAUCUGAGAACCAGGGUACAGUGGAACGAAGCUCUUUCCCCAUUCCUCAGCUCCGCCUGGAGCCCCGGGUUCCUUUUAGACAGUUCCAGCUGAACGACCAAGAUGGGAAAGAAAGGCUGGGGAUGACUCGUCCAGUCCGCCCACUGAGGCAGCUGGUAGAGAGGGCACCGCGGCCCACCAUCAUCAAUGCAGAACACCUAAAGGGUCUCGAUGAUCUGGACACCGAUGCUGACGAUGGCUGGGCAGGCCUCCAUGAAGAAGUGGACUAUUCUGAGAAAUUGAAGUUCAGUGAUGAUGAAGAAGAGGAAGAAGUGAAGGACGGCCGGCCAAAGUGGAACAGCUGGGACCCAAGACGGCAGCGGCAGUUGUCAUUGAGCUCUGCAGACAGCGCUGAUGCCAAGCGUACUCAGGAAGAAGGGAAGGACUGGGGCGAAGGAGUGAGCGUGUCCCGUGUCAUCCGGAAGGUGCCAGAGCCUCAGCCUCCUUCCAGGAAGCUUCACGGCUGGGCUUCAGGCCCUGACUACCAGAAGUCUGCAAUGGGCAGUAUGUUCCGCCAACAGUCCACUGAGGACAAGGAGGACAAGCCACCUCCGAGGCAGAAGUUCAUCCAGUCUGAGAUGUCCGAGGCUGUGGAGCGAGCCCGAAAGCGCCGUGAAGAAGAGGAGCGCCGGGCCCGGGAGGAGAGGCUGGCUGCCUGUGCUGCCAAACUGAAACAGCUAGACCAGAAGUGCAAGCAGGCCCAGAAGGCCAGCGAGGCCGCGAAGCCAGCCGAGAAGGAGGCCUCCCGCCCCUCUGGCAUGGAGAAGGUACCUCCACAAGAGAAUGGCCCUGUUGUCCGCAAAGGCUCGCCAGAAUUCCCUGUCCAGGAAGCCUCCACCCUGCUCUCAGAAGAGGCAUCCACUCCUUCCCCUGCCGCAGUCCAGAGCAGCAGCAGCAGCAGCAGCAGCAGCAGCAGCAGUGAGGAGGAGGCCAGGGACUCCGGGUCCCCUGCCCAGGAGUUCAGCAAGUACCAGAAGUCCCUUCCUCCUCGGUUCCAGCGCCAGCAGCAGCAACAGCAGCAGGAACAGCUGUACAAGAUGCAGCACUGGCAGCCCGUGUACCCUCCGCCUUCCCACCCCCAGCGCACCUUCUACCCACACCACCCCCAGAUGCUGGGCUUUGACCCCAGGUGGAUGAUGAUGCCCUCCUACAUGGACCCACGUAUCCCACCCACUCGGACCCCUGUGGACUUCUACCCUUCAGCCCUGCAUCCUUCGGGACUGAUGAAACCCAUGAUGCCCCAGGAGCCCCUCAGUGGAACAGGCUGUCGUUCUGAAGAUCAGAGCUGUGUGCCCCCACUGCAAGACAGGAAAGUGACUGCUGUGGACCCAGCCCCUGUCUGGAGCCCAGAAGGCUACAUGGCACUGCAGAGCAAGGGCUACUCACUCCCCCACCCGAAGUCGGCAGACACUUUGACUGUGGACAUGCGUGUCAGGAAUGAAAGCUCUUACUCUGCCUCCCCCGGAAAGUCAGGGGGCAUAAGUGCCCAGCGCGAUCUCUUUGAGGAGAGAGGGGAGGAGUACUUGAGUGCUUUUGACAAGAAGGCCCAAGCAGACUUUGACAACUGUAUCUCUUCUCAAAGAAUAGGCCAGGAGCUUUUAUUUCCACCCCAGGAAAAUGUUCAGGAGGUGGGUGCUCCUGGGCGUCACACCCCAAACCUCAGGUGUCCCCCAUUGGAGCCUGACUUUGUCCCAGCUGAGAAAAAGUCAGAGUAUGGCAGCUGGGACAUUGUCCACCAGCCAAAGGCCACUGACACAGCCAACAGUGUUGAGCUGGAAGUAGCCCGGGAGGAGCCGUCCUUCCACGUCUCCUCCUGGGAGAAAGAAGGGAGCCCCAAGAAGCCAACCCAAGAGCCUGAGUGGACACCUGAGCCCCGGAGCACCAGCAGUCAGCACCAGGAGCAGCCAAGCAGGACCAGGAGGUCAGGACCCAUCAAGAAACCAGUCCUCAAGGCCCUCAAGGUAGAGGAGAAGGAGAAGGAGAAGGGGCUCGAGAAGGUCAAGCAGGGGUUCGGGGAGGAGAGCACACAGCUGGCCACAGAGAAGGAGCCUGUCCGCAGGGCUGAAGAGGAUGAGGAUGAAGAAAAUAAUCCUGCUCUAGCCAAUGCCUCCCCCUCUUCCCUGGAGGACAAAACUGCUGUCCGGGCUGGGUUUGGCUAUGAGCCCAGCAAGGUGGACGAGGGCACAAAGCCUGACAAGGCCUGGGAGAGCAGACCCCCUCGGGAGUCUGGUGACAUUCCUCCCACCAAGAGAAACAACUGGAUCUUCAUUGACGAGGAGCAGGCCUUCGGGGCCAGAGGACAGACCCGCAGCCGGGGGCGUGGGUUCAGAGAGUUCACCUUCCGAGGCAGGCCAGCGGGAAGCAACACAAACAGCCUGUGUGGCUCAGGUGUCCUCGGGACCCGUGGUAUGUACAGCAGCAGUCAGCGCAGUGGCCGUGGCCGAGGCCUGCGGGACUUCCCCCUACCCGAAGACUGUUCCAGAGCCAAGCCCCGGCGGCGCAUCGCCAGUGAGACCCACAGUGAGGGCUCCGAGUAUGAAGAGCUACCUAAGCGGCGACGGCAGAGGGGCUCGGAGGUUGGUAACGAAGGCACACUCCUGGAGAGAGAGGAGAAGAAAGAUUCCUGGCGCUCCAACAGAACUUAUGCCGAGGACCAGAGCAGCCUGGAUGCCCGGAGUCGGGGACCCCGGGCUUGUGGGAGAGCACUCCCGCCCCGGCUGAGCAACUGCGGAUAUGGGCGCAGAACCUUCAUAGCCAAAGAACCACCCCACUGGCAGAGCAGGAGUCCAGGUGGCUACUGGCACGAGUAUGGCACCCCUGAUUCUUGCAGUGCCCGACGCACCACUGACAGAGACUAUGCCCCAGAUUCCUACCGACACUCUGACACUUUCGGCAGCAGGGCUUUUGAGGACAGCCGUAUGGAGGACAAAAGGUCCUUUUUCCAAGAUGACCAUGGGGUAGAUCCUGAAAAUCCAGAAAAUAGGCCCUUCCGCAGGAGGCGACCCCCACGCCAGGACAAGCCCCCUCGCUUUCGACGCCUCCGCCAAGAACGAGAGUCCUUGGGCCUGUGGGGACCUGAGGAGGAAUCCCACCUGUUGUCAAGUCAGUGGCCCAGCAGGUCCAAACUUUGUCCUGGUGACAAGAGUGGCCCUGGGGGCCGUAGGUCCCCGGAGCUCUCCUACCAGAAUUCUUCUGAUCAUGCCAAUGAAGAGUGGGAGACAGCCUCUGAGAGCAGUGACUUCAGUGAGCGCCGGGAACGGCGAGAAGGCCAUACGACUGAGCCUGAAGUGCAAGGGGAUGGUGGCCUGUCUGGGGCCAGCUUGGGUGAGAAGAAGGAGCUGGCCAAGAGGAGCUUCUCCAGCCAGAGGCCACUGGCUGACAGACAGAGUCGCAAGCUGGAGCCGGGAGGGUUUGGGGAGAAGCCUGUUAGGCCAGGUGGGGGUGAGACUUCCCCCCGCUGCGAGAGCCAGCAGAGUGGGACGCCUCUGAAAGCCAAAAGGUCUCCAGAUGAGGCUCUGCCUGGCGGUCUUGGUGGCAGCACUGGGAGCAGUCACUCAUCCUAUGCCCUGGAGCGUGCUACCCAUGCCAGCUCUGACAGCCCCGAAGCCACCAGUAAGAAGUCUGAGAAGGAGGCUGCACUGGCUGCUCAGAGGGCUGGUGAGCAGGAAGAGGCCCGGAAACAGUUUGACCUGGGCUAUGGAAAUGCCAUCAUUGAUAACUGUGGGUCCAGCCCUGGGGAAGAGAGUGAAGUGGGCUCCAUGGUGGGUGAAGGCUUUAUUGAAGUCCUGACCAAGAAGCAGCGCCGCCUGCUGGAGGAGGAAAGAAGAAAGAAGGAGCAAGCUGCUCAGGUGUCUGUCAAAGGCCGAGGGCUUUCCUCACGUAUUCCUCCUCGAUUUGCUAAAAAGCAAAACAGCCUGUGCCUGGAGCAAGGUGACGUGGCUAUGCCUGGCAGCAGCCUUGGCACUGAGAUCUGGGAGAACAGCAGUCAAGCCCUUCCUGUGCAGGGUGCAGCCAGCGACUCGUGGAGAAAAGCUGUUACUGCCUUCAGUAGCACUGAGCCUGGUACCACUGAGCAGGGUUUUAAGAGCAGCCAGGGAGAUAGUGGUGUUGACUUGAGUGCCGAGUCUCGGGAGUCGUCCGCGACCUCCUCACAGCGCAGCUCCCCGUAUGGUACUCUGAAGCCAGAGGAGAUGAGCGGGCCUGGUCUGGCAGAAUCCAAGGCUGACAGCCACAAGGAGCAGGCUCAGAAACAGGCUGAGCAAAAGGACUCAGAACAAGGCUCAGGACAGAGCAAGGAGCACAGACCAGGACCCAUCGGCAAUGAGCGGUCUCUGAAAAACAGAAAGGGCUCAGAGGGGACUGAGCGGCUACAAGGGGCCAUCGUCCCGCCUGUUAAUGGGGUGGAAAUUCACGUGGACUCCGUGCUGCCUGUGCCACCCAUUGAGUUUGGAGUCAAUCCAAAAGACUCUGAUUUCACCUUGCCACCUGGCUCUGCCUCUGGUCCUGCAGGGAAUCCGGUCGUCAAACUUCAGGAUGCCUUGGCUAGUAAUGCAGGGCUGACACAGAGUAUUCCCAUGCUCCGGCGAGAUCACCACAUCCAGAGAGCCAUCGGCCUCUCCCCCAUGUCUUUCCCCACUGCUGACCUCACGCUGAAGAUGGAGUCGGCACGCAAGGCUUGGGAAAACUCCCCCAGUUUGCCAGAGCAGAGCUCUCCAGGAGGUGCAGGCUCUGGCAUCCAGCCUCCAUCCUCUGUGGGAGCCUCCAGUGGGGUCAACUAUAGCUCCUUUGGCGGAGUGUCCAUGCCACCCAUGCCUGUGGCUUCUGUAGCACCUUCUGCUUCGAUACCAGGCAGCCACCUCCCACCUUUAUACCUGGAUGGCCACAUGUUUGCAAGUCAGCCCCGUCUGGUUCCUCAAACGAUACCUCAGCAGCAGAGUUACCAGCAGGCUGCCACUGCCCAGCAGAUCCCAAUCUCUCUCCACACGUCUCUGCAGGCCCAGGCUCAGCUUGGGCUGAGGGGCGGGCUCCCUGUCUCCCAGUCCCAGGAGAUCUUCAGCUCCCUGCAGCCUUUCAGGUCUCAGGUGUAUAUGCACCCCAGCCUGUCACCCCCAAGCACGAUGAUCCUCUCUGGGGGCACAGCCUUGAAGCCCCCAUACUCAGCGUUCCCAGGCAUACAGCCCUUGGAGAUGGUGAAGCCCCAGUCUGGUUCUCCCUACCAGCCCAUGAGUGGAAACCAGGCCCUGGUCUAUGAGGGCCAGCUCAGCCAGGCUGCUGGGCUGGGCGCCUCCCAGAUGCUGGACUCCCAACUUCCGCAGCAGCUCACCAUGCCGCUGCCUCGAUAUGGCUCUGGGCAGCAGCAGCUGAUUCUGCCACAGUCCAUUCAGCUGCCACCGGGACAGAGCCUCUCUGUGGGGGCCCCACGAAGGAUUCCUCCACCUGGCUCCCAGCCACCAGUCCUGAACACCAGCAGAGAGUCCUCCCAGAUGGAGCUAAAAGGCUUCCACUUCGCCGACAGUAAACAGAAUGUUCCUACAGGAGGCUCUACGCCAUCUCCACAGGCCUACAGGCCUAGCUCUGCUAGCCCCAGUGGGAAGCCCUCUGGAUCAGCAGUUAACAUGGGCUCUGUGCAGGGACACUACGUUCAACAGGCAAAGCGAGUGGAUGAAAAACCCAGCCUGGGAGCCGUGAAGCUGCAGGAGGCCCCCUCGGCCACCUCCCAGAUGAAGCGAACCGGAGCUAUCAAGCCUCGGGCCGUCAAGGUGGAGGAGAGUAAAGCCUAAAGGGGCCUGGUGUCCCUUGCCUCACCCCCAAGGGGACGGCGCACUGCUGGCCUGGACAGCCACUGCCCGGAACCUCACUAGAUCCACCGUCCAACCACCUGGCCUGGGCAGAGAGCUCUUCUCCACUCGCGAAGCUCCGUGAGAGCCAGCGUGCAGCGUGGAUGUGGCAUUGACCUGCUUGCUUUGAUACAAAGAGCAGAUCCUUCCUUCCGCCCUUCCCAGUGACUGUGGAGUGUGUUGCUGUCUGCAGGGCAACCUGCCUGCCUGCCCAUCCCCAGGCACAGUGGCUUGGCAGCAGGGUCAUUUUAGCUGGAGGCUUUUUGUUUUAAAAAGCAGCUAAGGUUUUUACAAGGGGGAAAGGAAAACAAAAUGCCAGCUACAUCUGUAUAGCUGAACUUUUAUAUGUUCCUUGCUGUCCUCUCCCUAGUCCUCUGCUGUCCCCAGUGGUCUUUUACCUCUGCCCUGUUUGACACGUCACUGCGCUACCUUAAGAGAGGACUCUUAAGAAUGUGCCCCCCUCCCCCCAGUUGGCUAACCUUUGGGGUUAUCGAGAACUUGGUGGGGAGUGCUGUGGUUGUCAGCUCGCCACCUUGGGCAUGGCAAGGUGAACUGAGCAGCAGGUAGGUUGGUGUCUGUGUUCAGCUCCAGCUCUUGGCCUGGAGUUGAUGGUUUAGUGGAAGAAUCAAACAGGUUUCUGUCCUGGGCCCUUCUGAAGCCAGGGGACACACUAACUGAUUGCUGGGCACCAAAUGAAUUGUGGAGUUAGGCGCUGUCAUUUUCCAGAUUAGCUGAGAUGGCAGGGUCUGACCACCCACGGGCCCCAUGUGGGGCUGUGCCUCUGCGGCUCCAUGCAUCAAGCCUAGGGACUGCCGUGUCUCCACUCACUUCCCUUCCUCCUCUUUCUGGAGCCUGCCAUGCCCCUAUUGAUCCCUGUCCCCACUCCUCACAGCUCAUCACCAAAAUCACAGUGGUGGGGCACGUGGACAUCUUGUGAGUCAAAUCUGUAGCGUGUUCCCCAAGAAAGGCCAUAGGAGGUUCAUCUUCUGUUCUUCACUCCCUGCAGCAGAGCCCGGGUGCUCGGUGGGCAGGGGCUGAGCUGGGCAGGUAUGUCACUCAUCCUUACAGUUCAGCAUGGUCAGGGAAUGGGUGGCCUGCAGGGCCCGCCAUAGUUCACAGCAGCCUGCACAGCCUUCCCAAAAGGACAGUGUCUUAGAGCCACUGCUGGCACAAGGUUUGUAUGAGUCCACUGUGUGCUGGGCCAGUGAUUUUAAAUAAGAAACAAGGAAAUUUUCCGUGACUGUCAUUCCAGGGAAAGUGAAGAAGGAAGUUCAAAUUCCUCAAGAUUUUUUUUUGAGGGGGGGGGCCCUAACCAGUCACCUACCUGGUGAUGCCAGAGGUCUGCCUCGGAGAGCUCCACUUUUGUGGGAGGGUUGAGACAAGCUUGCUGUGGGCCUACAGUGUCAGCAGUCUGUGUCCGUGUGAAGCCCAAGGAAGAAGCUCUCAGGACCACUGAAGUGGCUUUCUGCUGCCCUGUUUGCUUUUAUAAAGAAAUGGGGGUCAGCCUCCCCCAGCAUGGGGUCUCAAUCAUCAUCCCCAAUGGCAGUCUCAGUGAAAGGCUUUACUACAGCUGACCACCUCCCAUUCUUGCCUCUGCCCUCCAGCCUUGGCUAGCUUGUUUUUCUUCUUUAUGCCAUGUUUAUCUUGCAUCCCUUCUCGAAGCACUGCCCAUUUGGAGGCUCUGGCACAGGCCUAUCUAUCCAUGUCCCUCACCUGCUCUUACACUCCCCUGAAAGUGUCUGGUCACUGUCCCAGUGAUUGAGUCCUCUGCCCACACCCUGUCCCCAUUGCCAAGCUGUCCCUGAGAUGUCUGGGCCAGUAGACGCCACAUGCAGUCGCUUGCCUCUGCCUGUCCUUAGACACGGUCAGGCCCAUUGGUUUACCUAAUGCUGGUGCGCAUUAUGUGUCAAAAGUUUUUCUCCUUUAGAAAUUAAACAGAACAGUCCCAGAUGCUGUUACACACGCAAGAUGUGCCCUCCAGGUGAACCUGCCAUCAGAAUGACAGUUCCUCCUGUUUGAGAAAAAAAUUGUAAAAGGUCACCUGUUCUCAGCCCUUUCUCUCACCCUGUAUUCCCUCCUUCCUCCCACCCAAUAAAAACAAGAAACACUAGAAUUUAUUUAUAUGUAUUGAUGUUGUAGGUCUAGGUGAAAACAAGUAAAUGUUCCACUGCUCUAUUUAUAUAUAAUGUCUGAAUUACUCUGUGCAGGAAAGGCCAGGAAGUUGCAUGUGAAGUUUGGUGCAUUCAACACCUGUGAGACCUCAGCUGUGGGGGCAGAGGGCAGGCCUCAGGCUCCUGAUGUCCCCAUGCCCCUGUGGUCUGAUUAAGCCAGUUUUUAGUGCAGAGAUGUUCUAAGGUGCAGUCUCUCUCCAUGUGGUUUAGAGCCAGAAUCAAGAUAGUAGGACUUGGGUUUUCUUAUUUUGGUUUCAAGCCCCCAUCCUCGGCUCGCAGAGAGCAUGCAGAAGCUUCUGUCCGGAUGAGCUGGGCUUUGGUGGGAACAGGUCAAGUGCACACCUGCCUUUUCUGUCGCUGAGGGUUUGGGAUGGAGCCGAACCUUUCCACUUCUGCUAAAGCCACCUGCCUAUGCUGGCAGCUUUGCUGGGGCCAUGGAUGGUGCAGCUAUUGCUCAGCAACAACCAGUGGCUCUAAAGUACACUGAUCUUCUGAUGGUGUCUGACAUGCAGCACCCACCUGCCAAAGGCUGAGUGCACUCUGCUUUCCUGACAGCUGUGUCCUGUGCUGCCCUGCCAUCGCUACCAUUUUAAACUUAGAGUUACCAGAACACUUCUGCCUUUACAUUCCUUAAGGGAGAGAACACAGGAUGGUUUACACAUUCAGAAGUUGGUUCAUUUCCAAAGCCACAGUUAAUUCAGCUUCUAGAGACAGUGGGAUGACUUGCUAGUAUUGGCAUCACUCUCCAGUCUCUGGAGCUGCCUUCCAAGUGGGCAGUGAUAAAGUUUGUGAAUGACAGACAGAGCCCAGGGGAUGAGUGUAUGCACUGGUUCUCAGUGUCCAGAACUAGCCCACUGAAGCCAUGGUGGCAACUUUAGCCAAACCUGCUCCCUACGGUCCCGUGUGUCCCCCCUCUGCAUGUUGGGUUAGUGGACCUAAUGGAAAUCUCCUUUGACAACUACGGGUUCUGGAGUGUUUGCUCUGUCGUUCUGUUAGGAGUGGGAAAGGCAGGCUUCCAGAUGUGAGAUGGACUCAAGACAGGUCAUCGGAAAAGGAAAGGCUUGGUGUUGCAGACACCAGACGCCGCUCAGCUGUGCUCCCCACUUGACCUACCUACCAGUGACCAUCUGGCAAGUGAUCAUCCAGGCGCAUGAGAUCUGCAGCUCACCAGUUCCCCCAUCCCAGACCUGCAGCAUCCCCAGGGCCCGCCACCAUGCUGGAGUGGAGUGGUAAUAACCAUGAAGGCUCUGUGUGGACAGCUUUCUUCCGCUGUUGAAAGGGGGUCCUGCUUCCUCAGCUUUCAUAGUAAAAAGGAUUUGGGGAUUUUUUUUUUUUUUCUUUUGAGAGGCUUGUUUUGUUUCCUUUUGCUUUUAUUUUUGGCCUUUCCUCUCUCUGUCUUCAUGUAGACCAGAUAUUUGAAAGGGCGGACAAUGGCUAAAGGUGUGCUGUGCAGCUUGUUUAGAUGUGAUUUGGGGAACCUCUUACCUCGGAUGGGAAAUGGAAUCGUGGAUUCACCCAGUGUGCUGGACGCUCACCCUCCCUUCCCUCCAGUUCAGUACCUGUUUCUCCUUUCAAAUAUGUGAUUGUACUAGCUCUUUCCAUAUGAAAGGACUCUCCUUAUUUAAAUAAAAAAGUACAAAAAAAUAAAGCCGAACAUGCUUUCUCA